AUGUGGAAUGCAUUCUACUUCCUCACUGGCCUUAGAAGAUAUUUUGCACAGAUCAUGAAAACAUGUGGAACUAAUGAAAAGAUGAAACCAAGAAAAGGAAAAUGGCAGGUGGUGGACAUUAAUUCUAUAAAUGGAUUGGCUCUACAGCACGUGGAGAGAGACCCCACAUGCUACGGAAACUUGAGCAGGUCAAAUACAGGAGGUAAACAACUCGCACGUAUUAUAUUUGUGAGAAAAGAAAAAGAUAUAACCAUGGGUUUUCUUCACAAGCUUUGGGACGAAACCUUGGCGGGUCCCGCACCUGAAACGGGUCUGGGCAAGCUCCGAAAGUUCAACUCCGUCUCCGGCAGCAGUGCCCUCCGCUCCACGGUCGCGGAGGAUAUCCCGAUCAGCCGCAGUAUCACCAUUGUUCGUACUCAAGCUGCUUUCGGAACCACCACAAACUCUGCUCCUGCUUCUCCUGCUUCUUCUGCGCCUGCCUCCCCUCGCACCCCCUUAUCUCGUUCGGUGGUUAUGAGUGCUCUGGAUCGCUUUUGA